AUGAAGCAUGUUCAUUCGUUCUGCCAAAGGGAUUGGACACAGUCGGUUGAAUUUAAGUUCGAGAUCUCAACUUUGUAUUCUCUGGUAGAUACGAAAUUUCCUCCUACCGUCACAGCUGUACAUCGACCCAUACCAGAGAGAUCAAACAUCCAAGAUGCCAUUCGCAAAAUCCCAGAAGCUGGGAUUGAAAAUCCACCCAGCGCCCUUCAAGCCAUCCCACCUCUCCAUCCCACCCAGUCCCUUCUCUCCCCGGACACCUCUCCCCUUCCUCAACCACCGAGCAUCCAGCUUCAACACCUCCGUACAACCAUUAUCGAAAUACCCUCCACCAUCGCCCAGCGCGCAGGUCCCCGCACAACCACUCCGUUGGCUGUGGCAGUGCCAUCAAUGUGGUCGGACAUACGCUCUCGGCGUUCGCGCCGCUGCCUUGACGACGGGCACUACUUCUGUUCCGGGACAACGAAGGUCAAGGAUUGGAGGAAAUCCGCGAAUCCCAGGAAGAGCAGGAAGAGGGUCAAGCGGCAUCGGGCUUGCCCUAGUGAGUUCGACUACCAAGGGUGGAAGGUCUGGGGACGGUGGAAGAGGAGUGGGAAGAAGAGCAUCGAUCUUUAUGAUGAGUUUAUCGAGGACGUAGAUGCGGUGGAGAAAGACCAUUACGGUAAGAAGGAGAGGGGAAUGACAAAGGACUGCUGGAACACGUGCGAUUAUCCGAGCGAGUGCCGCUGGGGACGGCAGUACGGGGUGCAUAGUCCGCUCGUACAGGAAGUUCCAAGUGUAGCUCUAAGUCCGGUCUCGCCGCCCUCGCCUACUCCGUCGAACUUAGAGGGAGUGCUGAAGCCUGAGAAUGUGAAGGCCUGUGAAGAGGCGGAAAAGAAGGGGGAGAAGACGGAUUUCUGGGGUGCAUUGUUAGCGAGUGCAACGAGAAGGAAGUCAGUGACGCGAUCCUCCCCACUGGCGGUUAUAUCCGAAGAGCCGGAAGGUCAAGAUCGUAUCAGUAAAGAUCAGGAAGGCGAUGUCACCAUGACAGGUUAUAAUUAUGAAAGUGUCUCUUCGUCGAUCGUCACUGCAACGGCCGUAGCUGCAGCCACGGCAGUAGGUAAUGUACUCGCGGACAUAUCGCCUGUCGCUUCAUUCAAAGAGAUGACGAGGAAGACCUUCAAGCAGGGUAGAUUGUCGAGAAUCUUGGAACUUGAUGAGACUAGUUCACCGGAGCAACAUUCACUUUCGACCGUCACGGUCAAUCAUAUGGAGACUGGUUUCGAGAAUCGAGAUGACCUGCUUUCAGAAUUUGCACCGUUGGAGAGAAUGGAUAGCGCAUGUUCGCCAGGCCUUGUCUCAUAG